UGCCGUUUUCAUCACUAUUCAUCUUUGUGCCUUACAGUUCACAACGUUUGUCAGACUCUCUCUCCACCGAAACAAUUUCUCUCAAGUGAAUCUUUUUCUCUCAUUUUCGACAACACACACACACAACCAAAAUGGCUUCCACAGUUUUGAGCAACGUAGAAGAAGAGCAGCCCAUUUCGAGGACUUACCAGUAUCGCAAGGUUAUGAAACCCAUGCUGGAACGUAAACGUCGUGCCCGAAUCAACCGGUGUCUGGACGAAUUGAAGGAAUUGAUGAGCUCGGCCUUGGCGUCUGAAGGCGAAAAUUUGACCAAAUUGGAAAAGGCCGACGUUUUGGAGUUGACGGUUCGCCAUUUGCACAAAUUGAGGGAACGCCAAGCUCUCGGCUUGAGCCCGUCUCCGUCGUCUCCCGGAUCGCCCAACAGCAACAACAACAGCCAAGACAAAUUCCGCGCUGGAUUCACGCACUGCGCCGCCGAAGUGUCUCGCUACCUGGCCACCUCCACCGGCUUGGACGUGACGGUUGGCCAGCGACUUCUCUCCCACCUGGGACGCUGCGUUCACCAAUUGGAAACUUUUCCGGCUUCCGGUGCUGCUAUCCCGUCGGCCAGCUACACUCCACCCAGCUCUCCCACCCAGCAGCAGCAGUCUGAACUUCAUCGCAUUCAUCGCUCUUCCGUCUUGCCUCCGCUGCCCGUCAGUCCGGCUCUUUCCGACGUCAUGGAUUCCACCAGCAGCAGCACCACCAUGACCGGACCUUGCGACUACUCCAAAUACUCGAUCCGUUCCGAUCUGUAUUCUCCGUCUGCCGUGAUGGCCAACGUGUCCGAGAAAGUCUGGCGGCCUUGGUAGAAAGAGAAGAAGAAAAAGAAUCUACUACUACCCCCAAAACGUUUCCAUUAUUUGUUCGAGCCCCCCCACCCCUCGAUUGUUGUGAUAACAUUUUUGCCUAAUGUUUUAUGUUGGUGGGCCGGGGGAUUCAUGUGAUAACUUGUACAAAAAAAGAAAAAUUAAAAAAGAUUUUGUUUUUGUCGUGGGAUUCUAAAGAAAGAAGAAGAAGAAGUUAAAGAAGUUGAUCCCAAUUUUUGGUUUCUUAUUAUCCCCGUUUCUUAUGUGUGUGUGCGUUUUCCAACCCCGAACAAUUUGUUUCCAAUACAUCAGAAUAUGUUUUUCUCUCGAAA